GUUAUUCUUCCUCUUUCCACCCGUCAUCUCCCUUUCUUGCAUCUGUGCUGAAUGGAACCAUCUUUCUUUCUCUUUCUGUAUCUGCUGUCUGUGCCUGUGCUCCCCGCUCCUACCUCCCCAGGGCAACCAGAAAUGUAGUAGAGCCUGCGAGAUGCAACUGCAAACCGCCUUUGAAGAGCGAGUGAACAGUGACUAGUCCAGCUGCCAAUUUGGAGUCCAAUCGAUAAGGACUUUAAAAUGUCUUACCUAUUCUAUACAGUUACUGUGCUGUUACAGUAUUUACUCACAGCGCAUCACUUUGCGUUUACCCAUAUUGAAUAUUUUCUGCCAGAAAUGAUUCAAGAUGCUCUGUUCUUAAGACAUUUUAGCCAUGACUAAGAGAGAGGCAGAGGAGCUGAUAGAAAUAGAAAUUGAUGGAACUGAGAAACAGGAAUGCACUGAAGAAAGCAUUGUUGAGCAAACCUACACCACAGCAGAAUUUGUGAGUCAAGCUAUUGACGUCAAUGAACCAAUUGGAAAUCUUAAGAAGUUGCUGGAACCCAGACUGCAAUGUUCCUUGGAUGCACAUGAAAUUUGCCUGCAAGAUAUCCAGCUGGACGCAGAUAGAAGCCUUUUUGACCAAGGAGUAAAAACAGAUGGAACAGUGCAACUCAGUGUGCAAGUAAUAUCUAGGCAAGGGAUAGAGCCCAAGUUAAACAUCCUUGAAAUUGUGAAGCCUGUGGAGACUGUGGAGGUAGUGAUUGAUCCAGAUGCUCAUCACACAGAGGCUGAAGCUCACCUUGUUGAGGAAGCUCAAGUGAUAACCUUGGAUGGAACAAAACAUAUUACAACAAUUUCAGAUGAAACCUCUGAACAAGUGACACGAUGGGCGGCAGCGUUGGAAGGCUACCGAAAGGAGCAGGAGCGCCUUGGAAUACCCUAUGACCCAGUGCAGUGGUCGACAGACCAGGUGCUCCACUGGGUGGUGUGGGUGAUGAAGGAGUUCAGCAUGACUGACAUUGACCUCAAUGCGCUCAGCAUUCCCGGGCGGGAGCUCUGCAGCCUCAGUCAAGAAGACUUCUUCCAGCGCGUCCCGCGGGGAGAAAUCCUCUGGAGCCAUUUGGAGCUUCUUCGAAAGUAUGUGUUGGCUAGCCAAGAACACUCUGGAGAAAUAGCAACUGUUACUAUUGAUCAGCCUGUGCAGAUUAUUCCAGCAUCUGUACAGCCUGCUACCCCAACCACCAUUAAAGUAAUAAACAGCAGUGCAAAGGCAGCUAAAGUACAGAGAGCUCCAAGGAUCUCUGGGGAAGAUAGAAGUUCCCCUGGGAACAGAACAGGAAACAAUGGCCAGAUCCAGUUGUGGCAGUUUUUAUUAGAACUUCUCACAGACAAAGAUGCUCGGGACUGUAUUUCUUGGGUUGGUGAUGAAGGAGAGUUUAAACUGAAUCAGCCUGAACUGGUUGCGCAAAAAUGGGGACAGCGCAAAAACAAACCCACAAUGAACUAUGAGAAGCUUAGUCGGGCUUUGAGGUAUUACUAUGACGGAGACAUGAUCUGCAAAGUGCAAGGCAAGAGGUUUGUGUACAAGUUUGUCUGCGACUUGAAAACUCUCAUCGGCUACAGCGCAGCAGAGUUGAAUCGGUUGGUCACGGAAUGUGAGCAGAAGAAACUAGCCAAGAUGCAGCUCCACGGGAUUGCGCAGCCAGUUACAGCAGUGGCUCUAGCUACAGCGUCCCUGCAAACAGAGAAAGAUAAUUGAGCACUAGGACCUGAAAGUGGGAGCCUGAGGCCUUUCCUAAAUAACCAGAGCAGUUGCUGCUCUGACCUUUAUCAGAAUUGGAAACUUCUUUUGUUUCUUGACCGUACAAUAUAGAGCAUGAUUUUCUAUAAAGAACUGGGACUUGCAUAAAUUUGGAUCUUUUAACAGCAUAUAUUUCAAUGUAAGUUAAGGGAUCACCACAACUUCUGCAACUUUGAGUCAGGGCCUCUGUGGUAUGCAGUCUGAAAUUGGUGAGAAGGGUUGAACUGGUCAGCGCUCUGUGUCCACAGCUGUACAAAGUAAUUUUUGCAGCGCUUUCAACAAAAAUGAAGUACCUGCAGCAAGCAGGCUGAUCGGUUGUCUGAACUCAGUCCUUCCCAGUCUUUUGGUCU